GACUUCGUGUUUCGCCUUUUUUGACUUCGAACUUCUUUAAUCAGUUCAAUGCUUAAUACAAUUCAUUUCCUCAUCAGGAAAAUCACGAAACAAUUUUUUUAUUAUUUUUUAAAAAUUUCGGCAACAUUGGCGGAGUACAAAUCUUGCGAAUUGGUUCUCUGAGAAUGGCUGAAGACACUACCUCUAACAAGAGUAGAAUACCUUGGGAUAAGGAAAUUGAAAUAUCAAUUGAUGCAUUGGCAAGUAAGAUUCAAGAAACCUUCUCACAUCCAAAGAGGAAUAACUUCUGUGAGACCCAACCGGUUGGCCAGUUUAACGAUCUUGGAGAUACGAGCCUUCCUGAAGGGCCGAUUCAACAACCAACACCACUAUCUGACGUCAAGCAAGAGCCUUAUAAUCUGCCAGCCGCCUAUGAAUUGGUUACGUGCGAUCUGGAUUCUGAGGAGGUGUGUAGUGAGGUUUAUACCUUAUUGACCAAUCACUAUAUUGAGACUAAUGGUAGCAUGUUUAAGUUGAAUUACUCAAAAGAGUUUCUUAGAUGGGCACUUCGUCCACCUGGUUAUUUCCGGAGCUGCCAUGUCGGGUUAAGGGUUAAGACUUCAAGGAAACUGGUCGCGUUUGUUAGUGAGAUCCCUGCAAGAAUUCGUAUCCGUGAUGCUGUAGUGCUCGUUGCAGAACCUAAUUUUCUGUGUGUUCACAAGAAGCUCCGAUCAAGAAGACUUACUCCAUUCAUGAUUAAGGAGGUUAGUCGCAGGGUGCGUUUGGAGAAUAUAUGGCAAUCGGUUUAUACUGCUACCGUUCUUUUGCCUGAACCAAUAGCAUCUUGUCAGUACUGGUACAGGCCAUUGAAUCCGAUGAAGCUUAUCGAUGUUGGGUUUUCUAGACUUGAUGCAUGGAUGACCAUGGCCAAAUAUAUUGAGUUUUACAAGUUACCAGAGCAUACCGCGACCCCUGGCUUCAGAAAGAUGGAACCCCUCGACGUUCCUGCUGUCACUCGUUUGCUUAGGAAUUACUUGAAGCAGUUUGUUGUGGCACCAGAUUUUGAUGAGAACGAAGUCGAGCACUGGCUGCUUCCCAAGAAAGAUGUCAUGGAUACUUAUGUGGUCGAAAGCCUAGAAAGUCACGAAAUCACUGAUUUCUGCAGUUUUUUCACUCUUCCUAGUUCUAUAUUAGCUAGUCAGAACCAUUCAGUUGUCAAGGCGGCGUAUUCGUAUUACAACGUAUCCACCAAAACUCCCUUACUUCAAUUGAUGAGUGAUGCUCUUGUUGUUGCCAAGAAGAAGGAUUUUGACGUCUUCCAUGCGUUGGAUAUUAUGCGUAACGGGACAUUCUUUCAGGAUCUCAAGUUUACCCGCGGAGAUGUGAAACUUCAUUACUAUCUCUACAAUUAUCGGCUAAAGCACAUGCUAAGACCAUCGGAGCUUGGCCUAGUGGUUUUUGAUGCCUAAGGUUUUCUGUGAUCAUGGUUUCUGAUGGUGCCUUUUAGUGUUUGCUGAAGCAUUAAAUCAUAUGAUUUGAUAAUUUAGUUUUAUGUGUGUGGAAGUAAAUGCUUUGUUAUAAGUAGGUGGAAAAUUAUUGACCAAUAUUUUGGCUUUGAUAUUCUUUAACAAGUAGGAGUUUAUUUUCUUUCUAGAUUAUAUCUUUAUUGUGUAUAUAUCAUCAUUCAUCCACCCAUAUCAUGGCUACCGCCCCGGUUCUUCAUAGAUUCUUCGUCGUUCUUCAAACAAGCUGACGGAGAAUCAUAUCAAUAAGUUUUCUGAGAAUGGCCGACAAAGAUGCUCCAGCUGAAAACAUUCCCUCUAACAAGAGUAAUGUGAAUGGAUGCAUUGGCAAGUGAGGUCCAAGACUCUGUUGCUUCAAUUGAUGAACGAUGCCCUCAGUGUUGCCAAGGAGAAGGACUUUGACGUUUUCAACGCGUUGGAUGUUAUGCAAAACGAGACAUUCUUGAAGAAGCUCAAGUUUAGACCCGGGGACGGGAAGCUUCGUUACCAUCUCUACAACUAUCGGCUAAAGCACAUCCUGAGAUCAUCGGAGCUUGGCCUCGUGCUCUUAUAUAGAUUCAUAGGUUAUGCUGUCACCGGUGAGCAAUUAUUUUGUACAAGUGGUAUUUUUUCUCUAUUCUUGGAAGACUACUAUCUUUGGUAUUUCUAUUUUGGUUCCAAACCAAAAAAAUUAGAUGAAUUCUGUCACUGAACAUUUGUACAUUGCAUAUUCAUGCUAAUAUGCACAUUAUUAUCAGUA